AUGCUUUCGAAUUAUGAGAUUUUGGCUAUUUUACGCGAAAUGGAUGAGAAGCAAAAAGAACAAGUUAAAACGAAGCCAAAUAUGAAAUUUCCAGAGAACUUGAAGACAAUUCAAUUUGAGGUAAUCCAGAACUUAUCUUCAACUCAAUCCCCUGCAUCAACUCAAACACCCGAACAAAUUGAAUCAAUUCUAAAUAACCUUAAAAAAUACAAUCUCACGAAAUCGGAAAAAUUACAGAUUAUUAAUUUGAGACCUCAGAAUCUCGUUGAUUUAGAAUUGAUUAUAGAAGAUUGUGAAGACAGAUUUAAAAUUGAUGCACUUCGAGAAAUGAUUUACAUUAUUGGAACUAAAUUACCUAUACCAGGAAAAGUUGUUCAUCGAUUAGAAAGUGGACAAGAAAAUUUAGAUGAUGAUGAAACAAUGAAAUUUAUUCAUUAUCCAAUGGAACAAUAA